AAACAUUUGCAAGUAACCCGGACGGUGUGAAUGUAAAUCUGCAUAAUGUUAUUAUUUGCUACAUGGUGCCUGAUUUAUAAUACUGCAGCUACUAUGAGCAAUAGAAAGAGUGUGUAAUCAUGCAGAUCGUUGAAUACCACGUUGAAGUCUGCAACGAAAGAUAAAAUUAAGGAGGAAAUCAUACUUACAUCUUUGCAUGAACAGAUCGCCAUUGUCUCAGUUUUGAGGAAUUGAUUUCGGUGAAAACUGGGCUGUGGUGGGAAUCUCAACGUCCAUUAAAAGUGCAGCAAAAGAAAAUGAAGAAAAGUCAGCUUUGGGUAUAUACACGGCACUGGCAGAAAAUAUCAACACCAAGUUUCACCAGACUUGCAGUGAUUAUUUCACAACUAUGCUGAACCGUCCCACGCAUAGUCUUUCUUAGGUUCGUCUACUCUCCAUUAUUUAAAUCCCAUGCAAAUGACCUUACUAUAAAUUUUGAAGAAACAUGAAAUGGCGCAUUUAGGUACUAUAAUAAUUAAUUAUACUACACGUCGUCAGUUACUGAUACUGUCUAUUCAACAGAUUAUGCGGUAUUUGUUAUCAUCUUAACCAAUGUCAACGAUAAAACUCAAAGUUGUCUGUUACUGAAACGUAGAUAGAUAUUAUCACUGUUGUGAAGUAGGGUAUGCUUUUCCUGUGGACCGGUAGAAAAUAAAAGUAUAUAAUAUCUUAUCCCUGAAUAUAAUUCCAUUCAUUGGUAAGAAAUGCGUCCAUUAUGGAGCAGAAGUGAACUUCGCGUGAUACCUGUGUUGUUGGAAAGUCUAUGGCGCUUAGUAUUUACGUGCUUGGUAUUUCCGAAAUACAAAGAUAAUCUGUGAGUUGUUUAUAUUUUGAACUUAGAAGAAUGUUCGGAAGGUUCGUUAGCAGGUUGUGGAGCUAUGGACGUUUGAGGAAUUAUUCAACGGAUGGUGGUGGCAUUAAAUACCAUGGAUUCACGUAUUACCCAAGGUUUCCAGACUUCAAGGACCCACCGUAUGAACCAUCAAAACUUUUUAUGGUGCAACGUGUGAAAGCUCUCAAAGGCCGCCCAUACUGGGAGAAAAAUAUGAUGAAGGAAAUUGGUCUGGCUGGAAAGAGGAGUGAUAUUGUUAUCAUGAAGAACAUACCGGAGAACAACGCUCGCCUUUGGCAAGUUAAACAUCUAGUUAAGAUAACACCCAUUACAUGCCCAAAUGGUCUUCCACCUGAUGGCGACUACAGUGGUACAUACCUUAAGGAAAAUGGUGAAUUCAUUGUUACACCAAAGUUGAAAGUGCCACAAGAACAGGAAACAGCACUGGAGGUUUUUCAGAGUAAGAAGGACAGACUUGAUGGAGAAACCUUGAGGAAGCACUUACGGCUUAAAUGGCUGAAUCCUUGGUGACCUGUGAUUGUUUAUUGUUGUAUUAUACUUUUAAGUAAUUAUUAAUUGUAAUAAACAGCUUAUGUCAA